CAUCAUCAUCCUUUGUGUAAACACAGCAUGCUCUCCAUCGCAUUCGUCGCUCCCCAGACUCGCAAAAAUAAAUAGCAUGAAUGGCAUUCGGCCGGCGGUUUGACACCGAAAAGUGCCUGCCCAUUGGUGCUCUCCCCCCCCCGCGCGCUUUUCUCAUCUCCUCGUUGCACCAACGGCUGGACCGUUGCGAGGCACACCCCAAAUUCCAAGCACCAACCAACCCGUAUCUACUGAGGACAGUCAACCCCCCGUAUGCGCACGAUUCGAUUUGUGACUUGUCCUGCCACAUCAUCUUCUUCAUGCUCGCCCAGACCAGACUCCUCCGCUGAUCACCGGGUACCACAUACAUACCCUCCUCGGUCAUUAGAUAUAUCGGAUGCUCACGUGAACGUUGGAACACCGACGCAUACAGCAUUGCCAAGCUCAUCGCUCAACCUGCACCGCUCCGAUGCUGAUGUAGCAGUUCAAGCGAACCAACAAAGAGGCGCGAUCUAUCUGACGUUCGGCGCACUCCAGGCGACGGCAUCAUCCAUGGCGGCUGCAGCAGUAGCAACGAUGGAGCCACCUUUUGCUCCGCAGGAUCCUGUACAGCUCCUCAGCGCCAAUGCUGCGGGUGCGGGUACGGGCAGAACGAGGAAGAGCAGCGAGCAGCAAGAAAACCGCGCGUCAAGUCAAGCAGCCAGUGGCGCUCAAUAUGCAGCUGCAGACGGUAGCAGCGGCAGCAGCCCAGCUCGGCCACCACACUCGCCUGCAUCCCAUCCGCUCCCCGCCUCGCCUCACACGGCGGGCGCUCCCUCGUCUCCGCGCCGCGAUCGCUUGAGUCGGACACACAGGCCCGCAAUGGCAUCCUCCACGUUGCUUGCCUUUGCGCACCAGAGUGCGUCAGAGCAGACGCAGUCGCAAGUGCGUAUGCUCGGGCAGUCGCCGACCCUGUCGACUUCCCCGCUGCCGGGCGCGUCGCGCUACCAUCCCCACCACCACGGCGCAGGUGCGGACAGCUUUGGGACCUGGGACGCUGGCAGCGAAUCAGCAGCGGCAGUAGGACAUCGCAGUCACACUGAACUAUGGUCCGCCCUCUCUCCGCCCGGCUCGCCAGCCGCUUCCUUUGUCUCUGCGGUCACCCCGACGAGGCGUCGCGACUCGCUCGGAUCCCGCCCACACUCGGACAGCCGCGCGAGCGCGCACCUCGCUAUCCCGCUCUACGCGCCCCUGCCACCUUUCUCUGCGCCCGAGUCAGGUUCUGUUUCGCGACCCUCGGCAUCAGCUCACGAUUGCGAUCAUGAAGCGCGGUCGCCGGGCGCGCCGCAGUCGCACGACAACGCCGCAGACUCCGGAGCGGAGAAGCACCAUGAGUUGGACGCGGCCAUGGAGCGCAGACGUACGGGCGGCUGGAGCAAGCAUGCUCGCAGAUGGUCCAACAGUUUCGGCCGCAGUUCGUCGCAGUACUUACAGUCAGCCAGCCCGUACCUUCGCGCAGGGCUGAACGAGCUGUACGACAUCUUCAACAUGGAGGCCGACACGUGCGCCUCACCGAGCCUGCUCCCAACUGCCAAUUAUCCACAGGGCCACGCCAGUCCGACGCGCAGCCAGAGUGGGACCGGCGCUGCGUCGCCCUCCAAGGGCGGCGGUGGCGUUCUGCCAAGGCGCAGGGACUCGCAGAGCAGCGAGCAUUCAAUCCUCUUCGGCAGUCCCCCACAAUCGCAAACCCAAUUUAGCUACGCGCACGGCAGCCAAAAUGGCCAUUUUCACUACGCGUGGGCGAUGAGGGAGGAAGGCAGCCACACGACCACAUGUUCGUCCAGCGCCAGCGGCUGUGCAGAUCACGGCCGCGCGAGCAUCGACACGAACGCGACGUCCGUCGCAUCGUCCUCAGCGUGCACCUCUCUACGUGCAGACGGGGAUGACGAGCAAGUCCUCAUGAGCCUCGAUAUGGUGCAGGGUUGCUCCGCUUCGCAACAUACGAACAGCUACAUUCCGCUGAACGAUGCCAGCGACCCGCCAGCCGCAUGUAUGGACGUGGACGUCGAUAAAGGUAUGGACAGUCCGCGAGGGGGGCGAGGACGCGCGCUGGGCCGCAGUCAGUCUGCGCGUGUCUCUGCGAGUUCCAGCCUCGUAGGCGAGCAAGCGGGAUUUGGAACUGCUGAAGAGAAACGUCGACACAUGCUGUCGCAUAUCUCUCGCGCACUGCGCGGCAACGCUGGCUUGACGAGGAGAGACAACGGGCGGGCGGCUGGUGACGCCAAGCGACCGAGCUCGCUGCAGGGCAGACAACCGCAGUCGCGCGCGUCUGCCGACGCGGACCACGGUGCGGGGGUGGAUAGUGCGAGCUUGCAUAAGCGAGAUUCGGCGCACCGGCAGCGCAAGUUCAGCAAUCUGUCUCCUCUAGGGGCGCCGCUGGCGCUGCAAUGGGCCUGCGACAGCGGCAGGGUGGCGGAAAGGAAUGUCGUCGUACAUGAGCUGCAUAAGGGUCUCGGUCAGGCUGUGAUCCAGUUACCGACCAGGCGCAAGGUAGCGGCAUACCUCGGUUCGAGCGCUGCGAUCGUCGCGGGCAUAUGUGUACUCGAGGUGAUACUGCAUCCCGACGCGUUCUCCGUCAGCCUCAUCUACUUUUUCGGCGCGCAAGUUGGUCUCCUUCUGCUCGGUCUCGUUGCCCUCGCCCAACACUGGCGAAGCCCGAUGGCGCUGUGCUCGCGCGCAAUUCGCGCGCACGCACUUGCGCAGGUACUCGUAUCCUUCUCCGCCUUCAGCAACCUCUCGUCGACCGCUUCGUAUCGCCCGCACCACCACGCCAUCCGCGCCGCGCAGCAGCUGCACCCGCGCUCCUUCUCCGGCGUUGCAGUCACUGCCACUGAUGCGGAAUCGGGGCCAGCCAGGCUAUCAAGCGCGAGCCUGCACGCGCACGACACAGACGUUGGCAGCAUCAGCAACCGCAUCAUGUACCUCUUCGGCUUUGUCGCGCAGGCGCUGCUGCCGCUCGCGCUUGCCAUCGGCUUGCAGUUCUACAGCGGCCGCCUGCUUGGUUCGCUGAGCAACAAGGUUGUGAAGAAGGGCGAAGGAGCUAUCCGUGCUCAGAUACAUGGUGAUUGCGCGGGGCAGGGCGACAACGCUCAUGCCCGUGAUGCUAGCUCUGCGUCUUUCCGACUUGCCAUGGCGCUACGUGCCGAGUCCCAAGUAGGGCAAGACCAAAUGCUAGGGUUGUCGCCAGCGCUACGCUGCAGCUCGCCCUCGAUCCUCUCGGCGCCUGCGCCAUUGUCCACCAGCCCAGAAUCAUCGCCGUCGUUCGUUGCUGAGCGCGCCGCGCAGAUCCUGGGACUGAGACACAUUGGCGCGGUGGAGCCUUUACCCCUGCCACCACGGUCUCCGCUGCCCAGAGCCAAGCGAGCGCACAAGAAGAGCGCAUCCACUUCGCACAUCAAUCUCGAAGAGCUGCUCGUACCGUCCUGGUCUGCAGCAACAGUAGCAGCAACGUCUUCUUCACCCUUCAGCCUGCCAGGCGCAACGCCGGCAUCGCCUCCGUCAUCGUCCUCGCUGCCUGCACACCACCCUUCCGCUUCGACGCCUCGUUCUGCGUCGACGCUGCCCAUCAACGAGCGCAAGAAGAUGGCCUGACCAGCGAGGUGCACGUAUCUACCCACCGAACCGUUUUCUGCGCAUCCUUCAUGCUUCUAAACCUUGCAAUCCAAAGAAGACCCGCAACUGGAGCCUUCCUGGCUGGCGUGCCGGAACCGCCGCUCGCUUCAUUGUAUUUUUACUGCCACUGUCGCUCCCCGCUUCUGGUUCCGCUGCAGUGGCACACUGUAUACAAUACAACGAAAGAG